AUGUCCCAACUUGAUCCUUUACCAAAGGAGCUCCCAUUUCGCAUUGUAUCCAAGACUGUUGGCCGAGGAGCCUAUGCUUCUAUCAAAAAGGCAAUCCCCCUAGAUACCACGAACCCUGUGUUUGCCGUCAAGCUCAUCCACAAGGGAUACGCCGUCAAACAUGGACGCAUAUCAGCAAAGCAACUUGCCAUGGAGGUAUCUCUCCACUCCCACAUAGGUCAGCAUCCAAACGUUAUCGAAUGGUUUGCAUCUGGGGAAGAUGCAGUCUGGCGCUGGAUAGCCAUGGAGUUCGCAGAGGGCGGUGACCUAUUCGACAAGAUUGAAGCUGACGUAGGUGUCCGUGAGGACAUUGCUCAACUGUACUUUGUCCAGCUUGUCAGCGGCGUCAGUUUCAUGCACUCCAAGGGCGUGGCGCAUCGAGACCUGAAGCCAGAAAACAUCUUGCUCUCCUCAGAUGGAAGUCUGAAACUUGCAGACUUUGGUAUGGCAACCAUGUUUGAAUACAAAGGGCAAAGGAAGACGAGCUCUACACUUUGUGGCAGUCCGCCGUAUAUUGCUCCGGAAAUCCUCGCCUGUGGCAGGGUUGACAGGAGGAACCCCAAUGCUGCGAAGUAUUCGUCCGAUCUGGUCGACAUUUGGUCGUGCGGUGUGAUUCUAUUCGUGCUUCUUGUGGGAAAUACGCCAUGGGAUGAACCGUCAUCGAACAGCUGGGAAUUCGGCGAAUAUCUCAAGACGUCCGGGCACAGUUCAGAUGCCCUGUGGGAGAGGGUACCGCCAGAGGCAUUGUCGCUCUUGCGAGGCAUGAUGUCAAUAGAUCCGCAGAAACGGUUUACUUUUCGGCAAAUACGGCAACACCCUUGGUAUACACGACACAACCCCCUCCUGACAGCUGAUGGAAAAAUCACGGAUCCUAUCAACCUCGCUACGCAAAUGCUAGAGAACCUUCGCAUCGACUUCAGCCAGCUACCUUCGGCCUCACAAGGACAAUACUCAUCUACUGACGACAUGGAUGUUGACACCGGCCUCAACGCUGGCAAGUUUUCCUCUACGCAACCUGAAGUACCCAUCAUUGAUCGAGAUUGGGACUGGGAACGACCAGUCUUGCGGUCCAUGGCUGCCCCUGCCUCGUCGCUGCCUCCCCGCUCUGCUGAUGCCCGCCGCAUGGUCCUGGAAACGCUUGCCGACGAGCCUUCCAUGUCCCAAUUCUCUCAAACACCAGGUCCGUCCAUGACACUCACACAGCAGGCCCGUCGAUUCCGCGAUAUUUGCCCUGCCGAAUCCCUCACAAGAUUCUUUUCCCACGUCCCCCCAACGCACUUGGUGCAGAUGCUCAGCGAUGCCCUCCAUCAAUUAAACGUUCCUCUUGCACCGGUCACGCCAAACCUGUAUGGCAGUCCCAUGGCCAACAUCAAAGUGAAGGCACUCGAUGGUAGGCAGCAGAGCUUGCACGGCGACAUUCAAAUCGACAAACAGCCGCUGCCUGACGGCAGUGAGGUCUUGGAUGUGCGUUUUGUCAAGAUCAAAGGAGAUCCGCUCGAGUGGCGCCGAUUCUUCAAGAAGAUUGUGGUGCUGUGUAAAGACGGCGUAUAUGUUCCAGAAGCUUAG